AUGCCCGAAGCCACUGCUACUUACGUCUCUCCCUCCUACGUUGCUCCCAAUCAAGCUCCCAAUCAACUCGAAGUCCAACCAGUUGCCGUUCCCGAGAAAUCAAAGCAAUCCUUUAGUCCAAGAAUGGGGAGUUCCAACAAUGAACGUACCCCGCAAGAACAGCGAAUUAGGAAGAUUGCCUAUGGCGUCAGUGCCUUUGUGGUCGUCUGUGUCGCCAUUGGUUUGAUUGCCAGUUCCUUGAAAAAAGUCGAGUCCACCGAAUUUGGGUUGCAAUACAACAUUCACGCCAAGGAACUCGAUGACGCCGCCAAGUCUGGUGGUCUCUUUUUGGGACCUCCUGGAUACGAAUUCGUCAAGUUCCCAUCCACCUUUAUCACUGUGGCUCUGGACGAUCGCAUCUGCGUCUCGAAUGAUGGAUUGCUCGUUACCUUUAGUGUGACCUUUCAAUACCAAAUGACAGAACUCAACUUGGUGCCCGCCAUUGAGAAGUACCGAGAUUUCCACAAGUGGGCCGACAUUGUAGAACAAGCAGGUCUGAGCGCGGUCCACCAUUCCUGUGCGGAAUUUCAAGUGACCGAGUUCCAAUCCAAACGAGGAAUCAUUCAAGACAAGAUGUUGGACAAUCUCAAAUUGAAACUGGAAGGUGACGAGGAACGCAACGAAGAGGGUGUCAAUGCCGUUGCCGUUUCCUUGCAGCUGCGAUAUGUAGGCUUGCCAAAGGCUUAUAAUGAUGCGGUGGCCGAGAAGCAGUCUUCGGAGGAAGAAAUUGCCGUGGCCAUUGCCCAGCGCCGACAAGAAACUACCAAGGCCAAUACCGAGUUGCUUCGAGCCAAAGAACAGGCAAGACGAAUCUUGGAUACUGCCCGGAAUGAGGCGGAAGUCUUGUUGACAGAAGCUAGACUAGAAGCCGAACAAAAACUCUUUGCGUUUGAAAAGGAAGCAGAUGCUCUCGUUCAAGUCAAGGAAUCCCUUGGAUAUACCACGGAAGGUGUUUUGGCCUAUCUCUCCAAUAUGCUCUUGGCCGAGACCAGAAAUUUGGCUGUAACAACUGAAGAACCUGCAAGAUUGGGAAGAAAGGAAUUGCUCUAG